UCUUCUUUGCAUAUUCGUUUCGAAGCAUGCUGAGAUGCUGGUCGUCUCCUUCAUAAUACCGGGUCUUUCUUUAGAUGCUUCUCGAUAGAAUGUCUAGAAGGCUCUCCUCUUAUAUGCUCCUCCUCCUCCUAUUCAUCACGCUCAUUUCCACCGCCACAGCAGCGCCUCUCAACUCAGGAGGCAUAGACUCAUUCGUUCCGAGCUGCGCGGCCCAGUGUUUCGACUCCUUCCUCAACAUCAGCUAUGCAGACCACCCCCCGAGGACACUGCAGGCGCUUUGCCCGCGCCUGGGAGCAAACGGCUUCACGAUUGGCGAGGCGGCCGUCCAGUGUCUUGUCGCGGAGAGAGCGGCAGGGGCCUGUUCUCGGCAGGUCGCAAGCGAUGCCGUGAUCGACAGGGCCUUUUUCAUGUGCUUUGGCCAGCCGGGUGCUAUAUCGCCUACUCACUCCGUCAUCACAGCCACCCUUGCCGUGCCAAUCUCUGGCACAGGCCCCAUUACCUUUCCGCCGGCGACCAAGACGAGCAGCACGACGAUCCCCACGGCAAUCCCCCGGCAGACGCGGUCGUCCAUCUCUCUCCCCUCCACGCUCGUCACGGACCCGACAUCGUUGUCCGGCCUCAGGCCCUCUGCCACCAGGUCGACCGGUGUGCCGACGACCAAAUCCGCCGCCAGAACGACGAGGCAAACAUCAUCAUCAUCAGGCUUGCCCAAGCCAUCGACGACGUCUUCCCGCGAGAUCCUCACAACCGAUCCAACGGCCCCGACAUUCACCGUCACGAGCACCUCCGCAACUGCGACCAGUACAGGCACAGACGUCCCCGACGGCGCACAGGGCGGACAAGGACAGAAGGAGGCUUCGAAAUCCCUCAGCACAGGACAAGUCGCCGGGAUCGCCAUCGGAUCCAUAGUAGGCGUAGGGCUCAUCGGGUUCGGCAUCGCAAUCUUCUGCCGGUGCCUCCGCAGGAGGAGGUCCCGCUUCGGCGGAAAAUGGAGGAAAGGCGUGCGGCCCCUGAGGGACUCGGGUAGCUUUGGCACGGAAAAGGGCCCUCAUCACGGUGGCGGCGGCGGCGGAGGCACGGACUCUUGGAUCACGAACCAGCUCCGGGCGCCGCUCGACCCGGGGCCGGUGCCGACGCCGACGAAAUCAUGGUACAACAGGGCGAGCUGGAGGCCGAGUGCCAUCGGGCUUGCGAUAUCGCCCUCGCACACGCGCGACGUGACUCGGGCGCCGACGCCGACGUCUGCGCGGCCAUUGUCGAAGCUGCUUCCGGCCAAGCCCGUCAUGGAUCGGGGGCCUCCGAGGCUCGAGGUCUCGCUGCCCAGCCGAGACGGAGACUCGCAUUUCGGUGCGGCAGCAAUCAUGGGAGCCGCCGCUGGUGUCUCCUCAGGGGCAGCAGCCAUGAGCGGAGCCAUUGCCGCGUCUUCGCCAAAGCCCACACAGCCAAAAGCCGAACCAAAGCCUCCCCCAGCGUUGGCUCAGUCCGAGAUCCAUCCCGCGUUGCGUGAACGAGCCCCGGCUGAGCCGCCAUCAUCCAUCCGGCCGCGCAAUCUCACUCCCCAGAGCAACAAGCCUCAGCCCCCCUUGCCCCUGAAGCUGCUCAUCCCCAAGACGGGCAACUUCAAGCCCUUCGUCCCCGUCGUCACCAGGCACGACAGCUCCACCACGGAGUUUGAGGAAGACGGCAGGAUCUCCGUCUCGCCAGUGGGCGGCCAAGUCUGGAGACCCCCCUCGGCCGAUCCCCAGUCAGCGGCGGCUGUCCCUUACUACGUUGCGGACCGCAGUGGCAACUGGAGGCUCGGCGACCCGGCACGGGCCCAGGAGAUUGCGGAGCUCGAGGCGUCCAUCAGCCCGUUGACCGCCGCCCCCAAGUCGGCCGCCCCCAAGCUGGUCGCCGGCCUGGGACUCGCCACGGAGGCGGCCGGCGCUCUGGCGCUCGUCAAGGCCGCGAGCCAACGAAGAGACGCCAGAGCAGCCGCCGAAGCAGCAGCCAGGUCCGCCGCCCAGCAAAAGCGAAACAGACAAAUGGCUCCCGAAAAGACCAUCCGAGCCGUCGAGCCGUCGCUGUCUUCGGACGAAGAGAUCCAGGAGCGGGAGCGGGAGCAGCAGCCCUAUGCCCCUCGACCCCUUUUCUCCGGACUACAACAACUACAGCAACAACAGCAAUUACUUCCCCCGGCGCUCGUCGACCCAUCGCCGCUCCUCGACGCGAUCACUGACCCGCCCGAGGAUCACCUCGACGGACAGCGGCGCCGUUCGCCGACGCAGUACCCCAAGAUCCCGGCCAGCCUGCACGUUGCCGUCCCUCCUCCUCCUCCUCCUCCAGCAGGCAAUGCGAGAGGCGGGCAAGAUGCCGCCGCAGGAUACUAUGCCAAGCCCGCGCAAGCAAGCCCCAGCUUCGGCGCGCCGCUCGCCGCCGGCACCAUGUCCUCCGCCGGCGGCAACAUGCCCAAGCAGCGCCAGCAGCAGCAGCAGCAGGGCAAGAAGCUCGUCAGCCCUCGCCAAGCCCCCGACGCGAUCCGCACCGGCUCGCCCAUGAUGCGCUCCGAAAGCGCGCCCUCUCGGCCAGACACCAACAACCAGCGACGAUACAUGCAGCCGUCCCAGCGCAGCAAUACCCUGCCACAACAACAACAAGAUGGUAGUAUUCCAUCGUCCCAGGCCCCGCGGGCGUAUCCGGCUCCUCAGCAACAGCAGCAGCAGCGAUACCCUCCCGCUCAGCAGCAGCAGUCCUCGCAGAGGCCGCCUUCGUCGAACAACAACUACUCCAUGCCCUACCGUCUCCCCCCCCAUCCCACGGCCUACAGGCCCAACAUUGAUUCCUCGGGCUACUAUCCGUAUCAGACCCGUCUGCCGGACCUGAUGACGAACAGCAUUCAAGCUCAAGCUCAAGCUCAAGCUCCUCCCCCAACAACGACGACGUAUAAUCUCCCGCAUCCUCCCCAGACGAACAGGUACCCGCAUCACCAUCCGCGAAAUCACCAGCCCCCCUUUCUUCCCCAGCAGCAGCAGCAGCAGCAGCGGCGGCCCCAGCAACCUCAACCCCAGCAACUGCAACAACGCCGCCAGCAACAGCAGCAGCAACAACAACAACAAAACCUCUCCAUCCAACCCACAGCCUCCACCCAACCACCCCCCCUCCUAACAACCACCUCCGCAACAUCCACCUCAUCCUCCACCUCAACAUCAUCAUCCCUCCUCGCAAAGCGCCUCGGCGCCUCCCGCGCCGCAAACCUCACCAUCCCGUUGCUGCCGCCCUCCGCCUCCUCGUCCGUCUACUCCACCGCCACCUCUUCUUCCGCCACCUACAUCAACAACAGCGCCAACACCACCACCUCUACCAACAACAACAGUGCUGGAGCUGGCAGCAGCAGCAGAAGCAAAUGGCUCCGCCACAACUCCAUCCCCUUCCCCGCGGCCGCCGCACAAGCAGACCAAGCCCAAGCCCAAGGACAGUACAGCUCGUCGUCGUCGUCCCCAAAGAGGUUCCCCCCUCCCCCGCAGGAACCAGCAGAGCUGCCCGCCACCCCCGUGUGGAAACCUAGACUUACCCCUACGAGGAGGGGAGACGACUUGUUCCUCAUUGCGCAGUAAAUGAACACAU